AUGUCGCUUGACAAUGAUAAUGUUCACGUUGUGAAAACUGAUGCUGCUUUGGAUCCAUCAUCUGAUCAGUCCUUAUCGGGUCGAAGUCGAAGUCACAGCACUGGUAGCGUUUCAAGGCCAUUUGGCGUAGUCUGUGACCAAGAGUCAAAUCCUACUCAUUGUCGUGUCGCAGCCAAACCAUGCCUAGUCCUCAGGUCAUCCAGUUCAACUGGCCCUAGACCUACAUCUACUAGUAAUUUAAAAUCCAUCGAUCCUGGAUCAUUGCAACGAACACUUUGUGAGGUUUCUUCAUAUUAUGAACCCAAUGUGGCAUGUACCAGUGACGCAAUUACAAGUGGUGUCAAUAAAAAUACCUCUUUUAAAUCAAAGCCAAGUAGUUUCUCUUCUCCACCAUCUAUUGCUCAGGCAUCCUCUUCAACAUCAUUGGGAGCAAGGCGUAGGCACUCACAUAUAGAAUUCUUGGAUAAGCACGGAAGUCAAUCUCGCAGCCCACCUCCUUCAGUUGAUGCUAUCAAAGCUAUAAACAGUAAUAUAAAUAAUCUAAUGAAUACAUGUAAUGGUAAUAAUGAUGUCAACGGUUUGUCAAACACUGAUGAUAUUAUAAGUCCAUCAAAUUCUCCUGCACCACCUUUAGCUCAAGCUGUUGUCGCUGCUCUAAGACAACAUCAUAGUUUGUUAAGAUCAACAACAAAUACAUCGACAGCUUCUUCAUCGCAUUUCUCACCUGGUUACUUAUCUGAUGAGAAUCCUGAUGAUGUUGAUGAUGAUGAGGUAAUGGAUGAGGAAGUGGAGGCAGAUCAAGUUGACAAAGAUAAUAAUAAUAUAGAUGAAGAAUAUGGUGGUAAAGAUUUUCAUGUUCAUGAUCAAGAUUGUACAAUUAAUUUAUUGUCUGAUGAAUGUCAUCAUCAACAAUCGAUUGAAUUAGAUGGUGAAAGUGGAUAUGGUGCAUCAUGUUCAUCGUCAUCAGUUAAACUUAAUCAUAGUUCUGAGAAUAAACGUGAUAAAAAACGUCGACGUCAUCAAUUUCAAUAUAGAACAACUAGUAUUGAAACCGAUACAACAGAUCAUUUGUCAAUUAGUAAUCAACCAAAUGAUAAACUAUGUGAAGUAAAAAAUUCAAUAAAUGUAUCACCACAUCUUUCUGGAGUUAUUUCAGAUUGGACUAAACCUAAAUCAGAUAUUCGAAAUGAUAGUACACGUCAUAAACGAAAUCGUGUCCGAAUUUUAGACAAUUCUAUUGCUGUUUCAACAACAACGCAAAAUUUACAGAGGCAAAUUUCUGUUAAUCGUCCAUUCACAUCUGUUUUAUCGCAUUAUAAUAUGAACGAUUAUGAGAUAUUAUGUCAUCCAUUUAGUCCAAUUCCUUUGGAUUUAUCACAAUCACAUAGUAAUCGAAGCUCAUUCUGUAGUAAUAGUAAUGAUAAUCGUCAUUAUUGUUGUACACAACACACUACUCACGGUGGUACUGAUGUCAAAUGUAUGUAUUCAUUAAUGGAUAUCCCUAAUGAUUUAAUUGGUAUAAAUUGGAUUCCAUUUGAUCCUAGUGUAAAAGAAAUAAAUGAACAAAAUGGUUUACUUAAUACAGGUCAAACAAACUACUCAGUAAAUUGUAAUUUAACAAUUGGAUCGUCAUUACCAUCAUUAUCUUCAUCAGAAACGGUACCAUUGACUAUGCCAGUUAAUAUACAGUCUACAAAUUAUCAAUCAUCUGUUAAGGAUUAUCCAAGCAUUGAAAUUACAGAAACAAAUCCAAUUGAUAUCAUGAAUAACGAUGAUGAAAAUAAUAACAAUAAUAAUAAUAAUCUUAUAAGUGAUCAAAAUAUAGAAUCUAUCGUUUUAGAUAAUCCUAAUACUACUGUGACAACAACGAAUUCAAUGAGAAAUACAAUGCAUUUAGUAAAUAACUCUUUAACAAAUACAUCAUGUACUCGAUUGAACUCAAUCAUCCCUACUACAUCCAACAUUCCGUGUACAUUCACAUAUCGUAAUCAUGAUCAUAAUAGUCAUAAUAAUCAUAACUGGACUACAGCAUGUCUACCGUCACAGUUAGAACGAAUACAGUUAAGUAGACGGUCAUCGACUAUCUGUAGUUCUCAGUCGCUAGCAUCGACAUUAACAACAACAGCAAAUAAUACCUGUCACCAUAGAUGUUCUUCACUAUCAGGUCACUUGUGUAGUCAUGCUAUUGGUGGCAGUAGUGGAAACUACUAUUUUUGUCCAAACAACAGUUAUAAUAAUCACCAAUUAGCAAAUUAUCCCUUGCUUCAUAAACAUAGCUACCAGCAUCACCAUCAUCCAAAUAAAGUAACUUCACUAGCCAAUUGUGAUUCUCCACCUGAGUCUUGUUCUAGUUCUGCUAAAGUAAAUUAUCAUUCAGAUUAUGGAUCAUUUCAUGGGCAUAAUGGUGUUAUGAAUCCUGCAAGUGUUAGUAGGGAAUUUUACGACGAUUCUGGUUUAGAUUUCACGUUAUCAUCACCACAUACUAAAUUAUUUUGUCCUCGCAAUGGUAGUGAUGGUCGUCAUACACUUAAUAGUUGCAUAAACCAAACACAAUUUCAAUCUACAAACAUGGAACAGAGACGCUAUUCCCUGUCAUCGCUGCCAUUUUGUGAAGUGAAUUUAGCAUCUCCAGUUAACACCUCAAGACAGUCAUCUAAUAGUAGACGUCGACGUGUUAGUCUAUUAGUAGAUGGUGUUCGAUUCCUCAUUGAUGCUGAACUUCUUCAAGCUCAUCCUAAUACAAUGCUUGGACGAAUGUUUAGUUCACAAUUUCUAGAGACUAAAUAUUUGUAUGAUAAUCUUAACAAUACUAAUUAUCCUCAGUCUACGUCAAUGGAAAGUAGUUCACCAAGUGAUAGUAAAUCACAAACUACCACACAUUCAUCGUCCUCAUCAACAACGACAAUUCACCAUAAUUUUCAAACACAUCCACCAGAUAUCUCAAUUGCUCAAGACUCAACUAUUUCAGCUCAGGUAUUUCGUACGAUUCUUGAUUAUUAUCUUAUUGGUUGUAUGUCUUGUCCACCCGGUGUUUCAGUACAAGAACUUAAAGAAGCAUGUGAUUACUUUCUUAUUCCAUUCAAUCAACAAACUGUAAGAUGCGAAAAUCUACGAGCAUUUUUACAUGAAUUAUCAAAUGAUGGUGCACAUGGUAUAUUUGGACAAUUUCUUGAAACACAUAUUCUCUCAUUACUUGUCAAGUGUACUCAAUUAGGUGAACGCGAAUGUCAUAUUGUCAUUGUAACAGAUGAUGAAACUAUUGAUUGGGAUCCAGACUAUCCUCCACAAAUGCCAGAUAAUGAAUUAAAUUCACAUAUUAUUUACAGUACACAAAUGUUUCGAUUUCUGAAAUAUAUUGAAAAUCGUGAAGUAGCCAAACAAGUGUUACUUGAACGUAGCCUUAAAAAAAUACGUAUUGGCAUUGAAGGUUAUCCAACUUGUAAAGAUCGGGUAAAAUUUCGUCCAGGUGCUCGACCGGAAGCAAUUUACAACUAUGUUCAAUGUCCAUUUAUUCGUAUGUCUUGGGAAGAAGAAGAGAAUAAAUCACGUCAUGUAGAUUUUCAAUGUGUAAAGAGUAAAUCAGUUAGUGAUUUAACAACAGGCUUAGAACAAGCUGUCAUCGAUCCACUUCCUCCACACUUAGUUCAUUCAAAUUUAAACAAUCAGUUAAGAACAUCAGUGCCAGACUCUGUAAUUACUGUUGUAUCUUCUAAUUUCGAAACUCAAACUAGUAGUAGUAUUGUUAGUACUACUAUUACUAAUACUAGUACACUAAACCAUAGUGUAAAUUCUAUGACUUCAAACGAACUUAUCGAAUGUACCAGUGAUACUCCAGCAAAUACAUGUGCUACGAUUAAUAAUAGUAAUAAUAAUAAUGGAAGUACAAUCUACCUGAAUCGCAUAUCACGACUAUCUAAUCUCUCUGUUUUAACUUCAGAAUUAGGAUCAACUUCAGAUGAACCAGAUUCUGCUACUCCAUUAUACAAUGCCUCUGAAUCACAAUAUGAUCCUGUCUCUCCUACAUCUUCUUCAUCUUAA